AUGACGUUGAUAUAUUCUCGGGUAACAUAAAGGAGCUAUCCUCCUGGGGUUCUGAGCACGUGGAGAUUCACAUUUGACAUCGAAUAUCGGGCCUUCAGGGCGGUUAGAAGGUGUAUUGUUCCCUUUGAAGUAUCGACAGUGCUAGCACAAUAGAAUAGAAUAUUUUAAUCAGAUUUGAUUUGGUCAAAAGUAUACUCUGUCAAUGCGUUUGUUUCUUUACUGCAGAGUCACGAGUUGCAUUUGAUUAGUUUACCAACAUCGAUGACAAGCUGUACUCAACUUGAAGACAUCAUCCCGGGGUACAAUGACACUCGGUUAUAGCGCAGAAAUGUACUACCGCGAAUUAACCAAAAGACACAUGUUCAAAAAGUGAAAAAAAGGAGCAAACACAUUUAGUCGUUUGUCCAAGAACUGGACUGUAAUCAAGUGUGAGGCAACUGCGUAAACCACAGCGCAUCCUCCUAAUAAAAUAUCAAGUUUGAAUAAAACCUCGCGCUACCGCUUCUUCCCUGCUUCCUUGUUCACGGUUUCAUGCAGUUUCAUGAGCCCAAGGCACAAGACCGGAACCAGUUGUCGUGUUGAGAACGCCUGAUCACCUGACCGGUGCUUGUCAGUCGCGAUCACGUGAACGGUUCUUAAGUCCGGAGCUGAUGACUGCAGUCUAGGUUUUUCAUACAAUUUUUAAACCUCAGGCGUUCACUGGCUCUUUUUCAUACACUCUGAGAGGACCCCAAAGCACCGCGGAACAAGAGAUUUUACAGAAAUGACAACUAAUCGAAGAAGCAGUCCUACAGAGGAAACUUCUCUUUCUCCAGAUCGGUCUCCAAGCCCAACAGAGCCCCAGGAUGUCUAUGAGAGAAUAGGAGACAAGACUGGAACAAACUUUUUUCAGACCUUAGUUCACUUGUUAAAGGGAAAUAUUGGCACUGGUCUUCUAGGGCUUCCUCUGGCUGUGAAGAAUGCAGGAAUAGUGGUGGGACCAAUCAGCUUGUUAAUUAUGGGAAUUGUUGCUGUUCACUGUAUGGACAUCCUGGUGAAAUGUUCUCAUCAUCUCAGUACUAAGAUGAGAAAGCCAUUUAUGGAUUAUGGGGAUGCAAUGCAAUAUGGAUUGGAGGUUGGACCUAUUCCAUUUUUAAGAAGACACUCCAUUUGGGGAAGAUGGAUUGUUGACCUGUUCUUAAUUAUCACUCAGUUGGGAUUUUGCUGUGUUUAUUUUGUAUUUCUUACAGACAAUGUUAAACAGGUAGUUCAAGCAGCAAAUGGAACAACGACAACCUGCAACUAUAAUGAAACUGUGGUGCUCUCUCCAACUUUUGAUUCUCGACUUUACAUGCUGUGCUUUUUACCAUUCAUAAUUUUACUAGUAUUCAUUCGAAACCUUAAAUACUUGGCUCCAUGGUCUCUGGCAGCUAAUGUUGCCAUGCUCAUCAGCCUUAUCAUGAUUUAUCAGUAUAUUGUAAGGGGAAUCCAUUAUCCUGUCACACUCCCAUAUGAAGCAAGUUUUAAGACCUACCCUCUCUUUUUUGGUACAGCAAUAUUUGCUUUUGAAGGAAUUGGAGUGGUGCUUCCUCUUGAAAAUAAAAUGCAGAAACCAAGAUCUUUUCGUACCGUGCUUUUCUUGGGAAUGAUUAUUGUAACUGUACUUUACAUCAGCCUGGGAACAAUUGGGUACCUUCGAUUUGGAGACAGCAUUGGAGCAAGUAUUACGCUAAACUUGCCAAACUGUUGGCUUUAUCAGGUAGUAAAGCUUCUCUACUCAUUCGGGAUUUUCAUUACCUAUGCUGUACAGUUUUUUGUUCCUGCUGAAAUACUGGUCCCUCUGGCAGUUUCCCGUGUAUCGGAAAGAUGGAUGCUGGCUGUUGACCUGCUAUGCCGUACUGGUUUAGUAAUCCUGACUUGUCUGCUUGCUAUUCUUAUUCCAGAGCUGGAUUUGGUGAUUUCUCUUGUUGGAUCCAUAAGCAGCAGUGCACUGGCUCUCAUAUUACCACCAAUAUUAGAGAUAGUUGCCUUCUACAAUGAUGGCCUUCCUUGGUGGGCCAUAGCCAAGAAUAUUAUAAUCAGUAUUAUUGGGUUUGUGGGAUUUGUCGCAGGGACAUAUGUUUCAAUCCAGGAAAUUGUGAUUAGGAAUUCCAUAAAGAAUACAUUAAACUUUACAGCCUCUGGAAUUCUUUAGUUGUACACAUUCUACACACCUAGAAAAUUUUCUGAUGCCUAAAUAAAUCCAUUUUUUGGUUUAAGCAAAAUUAUGAGACUAGCUGUCAUAUAAAAAUGAAAUUAUUUUGAGUAUUUAUCUAAAAUAUUUUUGGAUUUAUUCUUUUGAUAUUAUAUUUGCAUAAAUAAUGUAUAUGCAAAUGACUGUAUAAAAAAUGUGUAUCAAAGCCAGAAAAGCCACUUGCCAAAAAAGUAUAUAUUUUUCCACCUUGCCAUAGCCAUUAAUGAGAUAUUUAUUAAUUAAAUUGAUUGUGGAUCAUUCCAUCUAUUCAUAUUCUGAACUCACUUAAUUAUAAAGUUGAAGGGCACUUUUAGCAACAUUUUAGGUGUAAGGCAGAACUAAUCCUGGAAUACGUGCAUUUCCAUCAUGGGUGGACACACACCAACUUGCUGAAAAUAAGAUGGUACAAAGUUACACAUUACGGAUUCUACUAUAGGUUUCCAGUUUUUCUCUCACAAUGUAUGUAUAACCACUGGGAAAAUGUAAAAACUCAAAUGAGACAAUGACUAGGCUGGGAUUCAAACCUAGGCUGCAACAACUGAGAGGCAACAGUGACAUUACAUCACUGUGCCACAGAUGAUGAGUCUGCCCUGGUUUUAUCUACCAGUUAUGAUAUCAAUAUUUAUUUUUGCACUUUAUUUCUUCAAAAAAAUUGUGACCAAAUUUCUGCCCUUAGUAAUGAUUUAUAUUAGCACAAACCUAUUAAAAGAGGCCAGUAUAUUUUAACACACAAGGUACUUCAUGAUCAUGAGGGGAGCAUAUUUUUAUUUAAUUAAAAAAAUAAGUAUUUCUCCUUUGUCAUAGGCAAUUAUAUUCCUCUUUACACCAGUGGCUCAAGAGAUGGCACUGAACAUGCAUGCAUGCAUUGCCCAUCAUAAUUUUUACAUUCAGAAUGGGCAAAAAUUGGUAAAAGAGCAGUGCCAUCUUUGUGGAGAGACUAUUUUUGAACCUGCUAGUUACAAUAAAUAUUUUAUGCGUAUUCCAUGUAUGUAUAAAAUAGUGUGGGUUAUCAAAUGGUCAUAUGCAGUGAAUUGUUGUCUGUAUUGAAAAUGUUGAAAUUAAUUAAGUUUCAAAUAUAUGUGGAGUCAAUUUUGAAGGCCAAUAUUACCAUAAAUGAUGUAGUAGAUUAAUGAAAUGUGUACAGAAAUCGUAAUAAAACUAUGUAUAUAUUAGGGCUUAAUACAGUGAGAAUUCACUCCAUUAUAUGUAUAUCAGUAUUGCAUGAGUAAUGGAUGGAUAUUCACUAUUCACACCAUAUGCUGUAUAUGAUACUGUACCUUUCAUUUUCAGAGUCUAUAUAAAUCAAAACUGAAUUAAUGUAUGUAUUGUGCGAAUGUGUGUAUAUAUGUGUAUAUACA